CAAAAAGUGAACAGAAACCAGAACAAUGAAUUCAAUAAUAGGGUUCAGUGUAAAAUUAUUAAAAUUGAGAGUUUUAUGUUGUUUGUGUUGUUUAAUCAAUCUAAAAUUUACUUAUGCUGCAUUAAAAGUGGUUUCCCCUCUACCCUCUCUGACAGAGGCAGAUAUUGGUUCUGAAGUUAUAUUGUCAUGCAAUGUGAGCGGGGAACCUCGUCCCAAAAUAUUUUGGCUGAGAAAUGGUCGUACUUUACCAAGUCAGAAUUUGACUUGGGAAUAUCCAAAUAGGAAAAAGAAUGUUCUGGUGUCUGGUGCUGUUCUUCCUGGCGAUUCUGGAAAUUACACUUGCUUGGCAAGCAAUUUAUAUGAUUUCAUUAGGCUAGAUACUAAGUUGCUAGUGAAAACUCCACCUGCAAAAUUGCAGAAUGUCAGUGUGCAUCCUUCAACCAUUCUUGCUACUGUUCGGUGGCAUGUAGAGAAUGAUGGAGGGUAUCCUAUCACAAAUUUCACUCUUCUUUAUCGUCCUGCAGGAACCAAUGAAUCAACUUGGCAUUUUCCACAACUUCAUAUUAGCCCAGCUUCACGACAACUCUUUGUUUAUCUCCUAAAACCUGGAACAAAAUACACCUUCAAAAUGUGGGCAAAUAAUAAACUAGGCUCUGGAGAACCAGUUUCCGUCCAAGCUACUACUUCAAAGCAAAUUGAUCCUCCUGAACUUCUGGGAAAGAUUCUUAUUGAUGCUGAGAAUAUUGGAUCAACUACUUGGCUUGCAGCUAUAUGCAUGGUUGCUGCUACUGUCCUCCUACUUUCUCUUUUAAGUUGCGCUUUGAUUUACAGAGAAACAGGAAACUUUCCUCAUGAAGAAAAUCUACCUCGAAUAAUUGCAAAUCCUGGGUUUGAAAUAGAUCUGGAGCAGAGCUACCUCCUUGAUCAUGCCGAUUACAAUGACAACACAGAGCAAACCUUCAGGAUGAAUAAUAACACUGUGAUCCAACCGUCCAGAGUGUGA